GGCGGGCAAAGGCGGCCAGGCCAGCUCCAGCGAAGCGGACCAGAGGGCUCAAAAAGUCAUUGACUCUGUGGCAGCCUGCACGCUGGACGAGGCAACCUCCCACCCAAAGUGGCAGGCGCCCCCAGCCGACCGCGCAGGCAUCCAGAAGUUUCUGAGCAGUGCGGACCAGAGGCUGAGGAAGCUCGGCGACCUGGUCGUCGCCAAGCAGGCCGCGGGCGACAGCGCGAAGGAGCAGUUGAUGGAAAUCUCGGUCAUCAAAUACCAGAAGCUGGUCACGAGGAGGCCGAACGACCAGCUGCAGGUGCUCAGCAAGAGGCGCAAGGCCGUCAAACUUGAAGUCAUCGCCCUCGAGGCCAAGACGAACGAGCUGCGGGACGACCUCAAGGCCAAGCAGCAGGAGUUGAGGCAGCUCGAGUCCAACAUCGCCGACGUGAGGGCCGUGCUUGCCGACGGCGGCGCGGCGGACGACGAGGGCGACUGGGGCGCGGACGGGUUUGGCUUGGCACCGAGCUGGGAUGCCUUCCACAAGGCAGUGAUCGACAGGCGCCUGCACAGCGAAGCACCUGGUGACGGAUUUCCAGCCUGGCCAGCGGGAGUGGUGGGGCGAUCGCCACGCUCAAGAGCCAGCUCGGCAGGCAGCGCAACCAGAGGCUUCGCCGAUCAGGUGGCCAAGGCGAAUGCGGAGCGGGCCCACCAGCAGCAGCGCCAUGCCGAAGCCGAGCAAGAGUUUGCUGCCGAGCUGGCGGAAGUCAGGAGGGUCGCCCGAGAACAGGCACUCCGCCACAACGGCGAGCAGGCGAAACUCAGGCUGGCACUCAAGGAGGAGUCAGAGCAGCUGCAGCGCAUCACCGCGGCGGAGAGCGCAGCCCAGCAGCAGCAGCAGCAACACAAGGCUCUCCGCCAUGAGAUCAAGAAGCAACAAGCCGAGCAGCUCGAGUUCGCGACGCAGAUGGAGGCCAGGAUAAUCAGCCAUGACGCAGCCUUCAGUCAAGCCAAGGCAGAGGCCGAAGCGGCGACCCAGCGGGCAAAUCACCUGCAUGAGCAGCUUGAGCACGUUCGAGCGGAGCACCGAGCGCAGCCGCAGCCCCAGGACAGGGUCGACCAAGACCUGCUGCGGGCAAGAGCCGAGGCGCAAGAGGCAUUGCGACGGGCCCAGCACGAGAGCGCCCAAGCGACAGCUACAGCGGGCACUCUCAAGCAGCAGCUCACCAGGCAGGAGCUGGUCAUGGAAGAGAAGUUCCAGGAAGCCAAAAAGAACCACGCCCUCGAGCUUGAAGCUGCCGCCGAAUCAGCCAGGGUCCAGGCAAUCGCCCAGGCCCAAGUGGUUGCCAAUGCCAAGGGAAAAGGGGCCCUCCCGCCGGCAGAAGCGGCCAGGCUGCAAGGGAUCGCCCAGACAGCAGCACGGCAGAAGGAUCGGCUCAAGCAGACCAAAAGCGAGCUCGAGGCAGCUGAAGCCCGCAUACACGAGCUCCAGCAGCACUCCAAGCUUGAGGCGGGCGCUGCGCAGCGCGCAGCACAGGUGGCAUACCACGAAGCAGCGGAGCUGAGAAGCGCCAACGAGGAGCGGCAGAUCCCGCACGAGGUGCAGGCAUUGCAGUUCGCCCUGCUAAGGACUAGAGCAGAGGAGGAAGAGAUUGCGAAGGCCAGCCUGAAGGACAAGGAGGCAAUGCGGGCAGAGCUCGAAGGCAGUGCUGAGCGAAUAAGGUCGAGUCUCACCCGCCAAGUCAUGAUAGAAGAAGCGAACGCACAUGACUUGCAGCUGCACACAGAGAGCCUGCGACAGGAACUGAGCAGCUACGCGGUGCAGCUGAGCGAGCAAAGGUCCAACGCAGAGGUGCAGGAGCAGGCGCUGGAGGAGGAGCUCGCCCAAGCCCUCACCUUCAGGAUCGCCAGCAUGGAGGAGGCCUCCGCCAUGGGAGACUUUGCCAGCCAGCAGAGGACGGGCAGGGAGGAGGCCAUUCACCUCGCGCUGCAAGAAAGCCUCCAGCGCUCCAGCACGCUACACACCGAGCUCGACGCCAUCGCAAAGAAGGAGCAGCAGGGCGCGUCGGAGACAGAGGAGCUAAAGCUGAGAAUGCAGAGCCUGGAAGCCAUUGCAGCCAGCAGGGAACGUGAACGAAAGGCCAUGGUCAGCCUGUGCGCCGAGAUGAGGCAAUACGGGCAGGAGGGCUACGACUUCACCAAGAGGGCAGCUCAUCACCUCGUCCAAGGGGGCCACCUCCCAGCGUCCCAAGAGUCCAUGGACGACUACCAGGAGGCCGCUGACCUGUACGAGAAAGCCAGAGGAGCAGCCGAGGCAGCGACCGCCCCAGCGGAGUCCCCCGUUGCGACCAAUCUCCAAACUGGCGCAGCCGAGGAGCGCCCAGCCAUCAGGGGCCGUAGGCCAGACCCGCACGAGGAGGCAGAAAGAUACGAGCGCGAACAAGAUGAGUUGCGCAGACAAGAUGCUGAGGAGAAAGCACAAUGGGAAGCCGUACAGAUGGAGGAGGAGCUGGAGUCCGUAGUGAGGGACCACGAGGCGAAGGAGAUCCAAAGGCGCUACUACGAGGAGGCCCCCUUGACCCAGUUCGGCACAGCGGGCACGCAGGACUCCCGAGCGGAGGACGACGGCUCGGAGCAUGCGCCGAUGAUCUACCCCGCCAGCUGGCCGUCCUGGAGCCAGGAUCACCCCGCACCCGAGGAGGGUGAGGAGAUGAGGGGAACCACGCAGCACGAGGCAGACACAGACCUGGCAUCCACGUCAAGGGCUAGCUCGGUACCAGCAGAGCAAGGCGACCCUCCUACCCCGACAGCAUCUCAGGUGAUCUUCAUCCCAGCAUCGCCAGCGCCACUCAGCGAGAGGUCACUCACGCCCGCAGUUCCAUUCGGGCAUGAUGAGCAGCGCGGCCAUGGAGGUGGAGAGGGAGCCGACAGCUUCGUAUUGACCCCUCCCCCUGCAUCCCAGCAGAACGCGGAGGCGGCAGCGGCCAGCAUCGAGAGGCAGUGCGAGGGCAUCGACAUCCUGACGCGCCAGCACACCUCAGCCGCCGCCGCAGCUGCAGCCCUCGAAGAGGCGUUUGGACCCGCGCCCGCAUUUCCAGGAGAAGACACCAGCCAGGCCCACAAGGGUCAGCGGGUAGACUCUGGAGAGUACUCCCAGGAGUCCAGGGUCCCGAGGGGCCACGACUCCAAGCAGAUGUGCUACCGCAACUGGCAUUGGCAGUGGGAGGGCCACUCCCAAUCGCAGCAGCGAGCAUCAACAGCGGUAUCAGUCACCUGGGUCUCGAGGGGCCAACGUGACACCACCACGGCCGACACGAGGGCCGCCCGCCGCGUCUCGAGGGGCGCUAGUGUGUCCCCCUCCGCCAUCCGAGUCCACGAGAUCGAGAACGUGGAAAGGACCUUUCUCGACGGUCAAAACUCGACUGGCAGCGAGGCAGAGGAUGGCAUGGAGCAAUGCUACGAGGGCAUGGAACUGGCGCCAGACGACGACAUCGAGUACUCCCCCGAGUACGUCAAUGCUGAGAGGGCCAGGCGUGGCCGAAGGCGACGGCAGCUCCCCACCACGGCAGCACCAGAAAGAGGCCAAGCGGCAGUGCUGCCAGUUCUCAGCCAAGACCCAGUAGCCGAGACCCUUCGCGGCCGAGGCCGCGUCAACGUCUGCGACGACGUCGACACUACGACCCUGCACAACAUGGCAAGGAUGGCGCUGGAGAUGUGCCCAUCAUGCGAGCUGCCGACCAGGCGGACACACAUCUACACGGACGGCAGCUACAACGGCAUCCCACACACAGCCGCUUGGGCAGUAGUCACUGUCGACGAGUACGACGACGGGCGCAACUCACGAGGCCCGUUUGGUUUUCGGGGUUUCAUUGCUGGCAAGGUCACCGAGACCCUAGACGACAUGGCAAACAACGAGAAGGUGACGGCAUACACAGCUGAGCUCACGGCAGUACUUUGGGCACUAAUGUGGGCCCUUGGUCAAGACACCGACGCGCCCAUCGAGAUCACGCCCGAUGCCCUCAACGUUAUCAACCUGGCCAAAGGCGAAGCCCAAUGCCACGUACAUCCGAGGUUGGGGGCCGCCAUUCGCACGCUUGCAUGCCUCCUCCAACAAGCCCGACCUACCCAGUGGCACCACAUUAACUCGCACAUCGGGCACCCUUGGAACGAGCUCGCAGAUGGGAUAGCAGAUCAAGCUUCGGCCAGCGACCUGAUGGACCCGAACAUUGCAGCAGUGCAGGCGAUCGCUCACAACAAGUUCCUUUCCUGGGAAUGGCUGCGAUCAGAGCCAGAUGCGGUCAAGGCCGCAUACCCGCCCUUGCGGAACAAAGACUUCAUCAUCGAGGCCACCCAGCCGCAGGCAGCCCCAGGAGCGAUCCAGAGGCCCAUCAGCACCACCACCAUCAAGGCCGACCUCAACGUGAAUUUGUGCACCUACAACUGCAGAUCACUCAAGGCCGCCGUCAGCUUCAAGUCGGGCAAAGGCAAGGCGGCCGGCAAAAGCAAGCAGAGCCUCUCCAAGGUCACGCACCUAGCAGCACAGUUUGCUGACAUGGGCCUGCACGUCGUGGCCCUACAGGAGACGCAGAGCGAAGGAGACGUCCGCAACGUAGGAGAAUAUGUUUGCUACUCCUCAGGCCACACGCAGCAGAACAGAGGAUGCGACAUCUGGCUCAACGUCUCCCAACCAAUCAGCGCGAGUGGGGCAGCGAAGUACCUAAGUGCCAAAGACACCCUCGUCCUCCACCAGCACGACAGGCUCUUGAUCAUCAAGACCCGCGUUGCAGGCACAGACAUGGUUAUCGCAUCAGCAUACGCACCCCACGAAGACUCCCACGCGGCGGAGAAGAGAGAAUUCUGGGAGUCUGCUCAGCGAUUGUCUGCCAAGUACCGAGUGGACAUCUUCAUGGGGGACCUGAACGGGCGUCUUGGCGACUACGAGUCCCCAGGAGCUGGCACCAGUGGGUUCCCAGAAGCGACCAACGGCAAUGGCAAGCACAUCAUCAGCUUCGCUGCCGACACCAACAUGGAGGUCAUCAACACCACGAGGGAUCCAGGCAACAACUCAUAUACGCAUGUCGGAUCGAAGGGGCAGCACCGCAGGAUAGACUACAUCCUGCUGAGCUCCUCGAUCGCCCCGUACGUUGCGAGCUGCAGCACGGAGCCAGGUCUGGACCGAGGCACAGCUGCACAAGACCACAUACCAGUACUAGCCACCCUCAAGUGGGCCGUCUGCAAGACCACCAAGGCCUCAGGACCGAGGCCCGACCUGGCCAACUUGAACAACGACGUCGCCAAGGCCAGCUUCAAGGAGAUUCUCAAGCAGGCCCCGAUCAUCCCCUGGGAAGUGGACGUCAACACUCACUGCGAGGAGGUCACCAGGGUCGUCAACGACGCGGCCAUCCAGGCCUUCGGCAAGGCCGUCAAGGCAGCGAGGAAGCCCUAUGUCACCAAGACUACCAUGGGCCUAAUCCGAGCCAGGCGCCUCGCACUCCGAGUCCAUCGCGCAGUGCUCAGAGGAGAAGCCCAUGACGACCGACCUGGACGACUAGUAGCCCACGCCCAUUCUCUUCGUGCAGGCGAAGUAGGGGACUCACUCUCCCUGUGGAGCAGAGAGCGUGGCGACGACGAUGGCACCAUCCACGACAUCCACCACUACGCGCACCUCCUCCUGAACUGGACGAUCUCGCCCAUGGUCUACGCCAUGGCCAUCCUUUCCUUCCUCACCAGGUCUGGGCCCCUAGUUGCCUCGGCCGUCGAGAAGGACCGUAGCGCAUUCCUCAGUCGGCUUGCCUCAACCGCGUCCUCCGCCUCCGCUGCGAACGACGCUGCGGCCCAGUGGAAGGCUUACCGCGACCUACUAAGGCAUGGCGGGAGGAAGGCGAAGUUCCCAGCAGGAAAGCCUAUGCGGCUCGACAAGGAUGGAGAGGUGAUCCACAACUCCCAGGACAUGUCGGACCAGGAGCUUAACCAUUUCGCGAAGAUACAGGCGGGCAAGAUCGUGACAGCGGAUGAUCUUGCCAACAAGUACAAUCACGACAGCAAGAUCAGGCCCUUCGACGGCAUGCUGGAUCUCUCCAUGGUGAUGCCCCUGGCCGUCUGCCAGGCCCAGUUCGCCGCGGCCAAGGCUGGGACGCAAGGGGGCCCCGACGGGCUCACGAACGCUGUCCUCAGGGCGGCCCCCACAGAGGCAGCGAGGCUACUGCGCCCCCUCUUCACCAAGGUGGCGACCACCGUGCGGGAGCCGCUGAGCUUCAAGGGUGGAGACCUGGUCGCAAUUCCCAAAGGAAAAGGCGACCCACGGUACCUCCAAGCCUACCGCGAGAUCCUCUUAAACAACGUCCUGGGCAAGCACCACCACAAAUACCUAAGGACCAUGGACUUGAAGGAGGCCUUCUACUCGGUUGUAGUCCAGCUGGUUCAUGGCAUCCCAGGCGAGGAGGACGAAGUCAAGGAGGUGCUAGAGAACCUCGAGGUUCCCCUGUGGGCCCAGCCGCAACUGGAGCACCUCAUGGCCAACCCAGGGAUACUCGACACAGUGUUGGACGGCUCCCACCUGGCUGCCCUCAUUGCAGAAGGUUGCCGCAACAGGUGGACGUCACACAGGUUCUCCCAGAACCUCAUGGCGCCGCACAAGGGCACGAGGCCUGGCGUGCCCCUGGCCGACGCGGACUUCAAUCUGCUAUUCGGCCGAGUCCACCGCAUGAUUGACAGCUACCUUGCGCAGCGAGGGCUAC